AUGCUCGAGCGCGUGCAGACGGCCGUGGUCGGCGGCGGCGUCGUCGGUCUCGCCGUCGCUCGUGCGCUGUCUCGCUCGGGCCGAGAGGUGCUCCUGCUCGAGUCGGAGAGCCUGACCGGCUCGGGCACGUCGUCUCGCAACUCUGAGGUCGUGCACGCCGGCAUCUACUACACCGCAGGCUCGCUGAAGGCGCGUGCCUGCGUCGAGGGCCGGAGAGCGCUCUACUCCUUCUGCGAGGCGUACGCCGAGGGAGAGCUCGCCCAGCUGGACGCGGUCGCGGAGAAGGCGCGCGCCAACGGGCUGAGCGGCAGCGGCGAGGCUCUCGUCCGCCUGACCUCCGCAGAGGCGGCGCGGCUGGAGCCAGAGGUGCGCUGUGUGGGCGCGCUGCACUCGCCCUCGACAGGCAUCGUCGACAGCCACGCCUUCAUGACGGCGCUGCUGGCGGAUGCAGAGCGGCACGGGGCGACGCUAGCGCUCGGCAGCAGCGUGGUCGUCAACUGCGCGGGACACGGCGCGCCGCGACUCGCCGCCGCCUUGGGGGGGAUGCCGCGCUCGCACGGUGCCUCCUCCUACUUUCGCUCACUCCUCGUGCGGUGGAGCCCGGCGACGCCGGACGAUCCGAUCUUCCUCGACUGCGACGCUGACGCGUUUGGCGUGCUGCUCUCGCGUGCCGCGACCGUUCAGACGCUCAUCCCGGCGGCGGGCUUCACCGCAAUCUUCGCAGACGACGAGAUCGACCUCGACGACGACCUCCCGCAGGUGAACUCGGAGCACUCGGUGCACCGCGUGGUGCACUCGGUGCACCGCGUGGUCUCGCUCGCUCUGGUGGACGCGCUGAUCCAGCCAAACAACAACGAGCUUGAGCCGCGCGGAGGAGAGCGCACGAGGUCGCAGCUGCUGGUGCUCGCCUCUGAGCACGCGCGCGACAUCCCGUGGGUGCACUGGCCCGGCGCGACUGCCCUCCUCGAGAGCGACGCCAACGCGGCGCAACUCGGCAACACCAGCGCAGCCGCCGAGGGCGAGGCGAAGGCACCCCCGAGGACAGUGUUGCCAUGGGUCGCUUGA